UUGUGAACAUUUGCACGUUGGUCGUCCACAAACCACAUAAACACCAUGACAUCUCUCCUGCUUGGAGCAGCGCUGCUGGGCAACUUGGGCAUCUCUGUCACAGCACAAGGUAACUUCUUAGAAUUUAUUUCUCUUUAUGGCGAGCCCGAGUGGAUCGAUGUGCCAGGCUGUCAAAAGAUCCGGAAGCACCACUGUGACCUCAGCGACAUGACCUCUGAGCCCAGAGAGUGGUACUACGCCAGAGUUGGUGCUGUGUCUGUGGCCACCAGCAGCAAAUCAGCCUGGGCCCUCUCCCCCAGAUUCAGCCCGCGUUGGGACACCAAAAUCAGCCCCCCUGUGCUGAGACUGAAUGUAACCGAACAACCAGCCAUUGUGGUCCGAGUGAAGCCCCCCCGAGACCUGGUCCGGAAGCUGCACAGCAAUUUGUACUACAAGAUCUACUUAACACACCCCAGUGGAGAAGAAGAGGUGUUUGACAUGAAGUGCUGUUCUCACAAGCUGACUCUGAAGGACCUGAAUCACAGAGAAGAAUACUGCCUCCAAGCUCAGAUCGUCCUCCCUCUGCAGGGCAAGCACAGCGCCCGCAGCUCUCUGAAAUGCGUCACUACCCUCUGACAACACAGACACAGCGUCAGCCAUCCCUUCAGCUUUAAAUAUCCAUCGCUACCUCGACGGCCACAGCCACACACAUCCGUGCAAGUAAAAGUGAUGCACUUUAUUGUACAAAGCAUUAAAGGCCUCAUAUGAAGGCAAACUUUCACGUUCACCGGAAGAGGAUUGCUUUUGUUUUUUUAAACUUAAAGAGUAUUUUUUUAAAUUUUUUCUAUUCAUGGCAACAUAUUCUGAACUCACAGGCAGCUUUUCCUCUCCAUAAAUCAUAAAAAUAUUAUUGCAAUCUGGUGUGCUCGUUCACACAUGGUCAAGAUAUAUUUUCAACUUAUGUCUGUUUCCUCAUACCUCUCGCACGCAGUCCAGCAGUGAGGAUCAGCGAAUGCUGCUUUAACGUCUUUAAGAGAGCUUUUUGUAAAGAAAAAAAACUCUGCUAAAAGAAAACUGUAUGAGAACGUACUGUGCUAAAUGUAUCACACUACAAAUAAAAUCCACUGUUGAAAUUGACCUCUGUCCUGUAAGUUGGACCCUUUUUGUACAAACAGUAAAGCUGGUGGUGUUUUCGCA